UGAGAAAUAAACAAGAUGUCAUCAACAUAUGCCGCGUUCACACACUAGACGGAACUAGGAAACUCGGAAAUGUCCGACCUGCUUACUGGUUGAAGUUAUACACGUGCCGCGGUCAACGACUUAGCAAAAUGGAAAUUUCCGAGUUUCCUAGUUCGGACAAGUGUAUGAACGCAGCAAUAACCACGGAUCGGGGAAUUUUAAUGUAGUCUACUGUCAACCUCAACAAGAGGAAAUUGUAUUUUGGACAUGAAGUUAGCUAGUUAAUGUCAAAUUGAUUAAUUUGUAAGUUGAGUGAAAUGUCUUUGCUCAAAUUUUAACCAGAUUGGUUCGGUGAAUUUCAUAAUCACCAGCUAGCUAGUUGCUAAUGCUAGCUAGUUAGCAACCUCUGCUGAGUACGGAAACAUCAGACAGACUCUGGGACAGGUAACGUUAGCUAGCUAGAGAGUUUGGACUUUUUUUUAACUAGACAGCCAGCUAGCUAAAGUGCUAAUUUAUAAGCAAUAUCAGGUCCUCUAUAGGAGUUUGUUUUAUUUGAACUAUACAACAUUGGGUAGCUAGCUAGCUAAACUUGUAGCUAACAGCUAGCUAGCUUCCAUGCAACAUUAGUCUAGCACUUACUAGGUAGCUGGACCAAAAUGGGCGUUGUUUUGAUAGCGGUAGCUAGUUAGAAAGCUAGCUAAUAACAAUAUGAACUUAACUAGCACGUUUAGCUGCUCAGUUAGCCAUCUACAACUGUCUCUGGCCAGUGAAACAACACUGGAAACUAGUACUAGACAGAGAGAGCUUGUUGCUCAGGCUUACUACCGUUACACUAGCUAGCUAGUUCCAUGCAUUACCAUUACCUACAGUUGCCUUAUUGAUUUGUUUUCCUUCCCUGCAGGUUGUUGACAGAGCUAAAGUGUGGUGGAAAUCAGUGUCAAGCCUAUUAGGCCUAACUUCACAAGUCUUGUGUGUGAGAGACCUCCAAUAUUAACAUUCCAAUGCCUCUGCUAUUCCUGGAGAGGUUUCCCUGGCCCAGUCUGCAGACCUACACAGCGCUGAGUGUGGUUCUGCUGGCUGGAAGCAUCUUCAGCGCCUACACUACUGUGACUGAACAGGGGUUCGGGGUUCCAGACAUGGACGAGCCUCCACCACCUGCACCCUUAGAAGGGGAUAAUAGAGGCGGCCUAGGCCUAGAACAUGUGACUAGCAAUGAUGUUGUGGGUGCAGAUACAGAAUUGGCGACCACUGUUAUGUGGUACCUGGUCACUGACAGUCUCUUUGUAUGGGUGUUGGUGAAUACAGCUUGCUGUUCUCUGAUGUUAAUUGCUAAGAUGAUCCAGUACAUGGUUUUUGGGCCCCUCCGAGUCAGUGAGAAGCAGCACCUUAAGGACAAGUUCUGGAACUUCAUCUUCUAUAAGUUCAUCUUUAUCUUCGGGGUGCUGAACGUUCAGAUGGUGGAAGAGGUGGUCAUGUGGUGUCUGUGGUUCUCUGCCCUGGUCUUCCUCCACCUUAUGGUCCAGCUGUGCAAGGACCGCUUUGAAUACCUGUCCUUCUCCCCCACUACUUCUAUGAACAGCCAUGUGCGUGUCCUUACCCUACUGGUGUCCCUGCUGCUGGGCUGCUGUGGUCUUGCUGUGGUCUGUGGUCUGCUGGGCGCUGCACAUGGAAUGCACACUCUCUCCUUCAUGGCUGCCGAGUGUCUGCUGGUCACUGUGCGGACUGGACAUGUCAUCAUGAGGUACACCAUUCACCUGUGGGAUCUGAACCACCCAGGCACCUGGGAGAGUAAGGGCUCCUACGUCUACUACACUGACUUCAUCAUGGAGCUGUCUAUGCUGUCCCUGGACCUUAUGCACCACAUCCACAUGCUGCUCUUUGGUAAUAUCUGGCUGUCCAUGGCCAGUCUGGUGAUCUUCAUGCAGCUGAGGUAUCUGUUCCAUGAGGUGCAGCGCCGCAUCCGACGCCACAAGAACUACCUCCGUGUCAUCAACAACAUGGAGGCCAGGUUUGCAGUGGCCACAGCUGAGGAGCUGGUAGCCAACAAUGAUGACUGUGCCAUCUGCUGGGACACCAUGCAGACAGCACGUAAACUGCCCUGCGGACACCUCUUCCACAAUUCCUGCCUGCGGUCGUGGCUGGAGCAGGACACGUCGUGUCCAACAUGCAGGAUGUCCCUGAACAUCAGUGGUGAUGGAGGCCCGUCCAGAGGCCAGCAGCAGGGGGCUGGCCUCCCACUGGAGAACAACCUGGGCCCUGGGGGCCCCGCUGCAGACGCCAGACCACACCUCAACCAACACAAUCACUUCUUCCACUUUGAUGGCUCCCGCAUCGCCAGCUGGCUGCCUAGUUUCUCAGUAGAGGUGAUGCACACCACUAACAUCCUGGCUAUCGCUCAGCAGGCCAACAACUCUCAGCUCAACACCAUGGCCCAUCAGAUCCAGGAGAUGUUUCCUCAGGUUCCCUACCACUUGGUGCUGCAGGACCUGCAGUUGACCCGCUCUGUGGAGGUCACCACCGACAACAUCCUGGAGGGACGCAUCGUGGUGCCCUUCCCUGCUCUGGCGGCUGAGCGUUCCCCCGUGCAGGUGAACCCAGGCCCAGAGGGGGCAGGAGCCAGUGGGGGGGUGGAGACUGCUCCCAGCGAGCUGAGCAACCUGGAGGUCAGAGGGAGCCGUUUCUCCAAGUCUGCAGAGGAGAGACAGAAGAUGCUGCUGCAGAGGAAGGAUGAGCUGCUGCAACAGGCACGCAGGAGAUACUUGAGAAAGAGCCCAGAGGACGAGGAGGACCUGCCCACUCUGGAGGAAGACGCCCCUGUCUCAGACAUGACCAUGCUGAGACGCAGGACCAUGGCAGCAGCUGCAGAGAGACGCAUGCAGAGCCAACCAGACCCUGCUCCCUGAGACUAUACUGGACUGUAAACUCCCACCUGGACAGUCUCACCUCGAACCCACACCUAAUGCCCUUGGAGUGUCCACAAACUCCUCACGUCCCACCUAAGAGGCACCUCCACCAAAAGAGCUCUCUACGUUAUAUGAUCAAUGGAAUUACCUAAAUAAAAGCAUUACAUUACAAAGUGUUACAAGAAGCAUGGGCUUUGGCUGCACAUGGCACAGGGGCUCUGCUGUUUUAGGCUGCCCUAGUGAGAUAUGAGAACUGGGCCUUGGGAAUGGUACCAGCCUCCCCUGAACUUUCACCAGGCACCAGAGGCUUAAUUGGACAUGGAUCACCAGCGUUUUAAAGGAGUGGUGGGUGUCUGUCUGUUGAGUUUCUGAAGUGCACCGUAAAACGCCACCUCGCACACCUGUCAUCACAUAGCUCUAGCCCCCAGCUUCACUAGACUUACCUGUCAUUCUCUUUACUGGCCAUGAUGGGGAAGGAAAGAGCAUGGUGUCACAGUCCGAGGAUGCUGCUGAGGUUAUUUAGGGUUUGUUAAGGUGCUGUUGCUACAUACAGCUCAUAGUGUAAUGGAGUGGGACAUAGUUUGUAUUGGUUUUAUUCAACAACAAAAAUAUUUGUGUUGUAAUGGGCUGAGAUUGAUAUUGAUAUCAUGGGUUGGGUUGAUAACAAGCUGAUGUUAUUUUAUAAAAAUGGAGUGAAAACUGUGAAUUAAGAGUAGGUUUAAUAGAUUAAAACAUUGAAGCUUUUUUUAAAUUUUAAUUAAAAGAAUGUCACUAGUAUUACAGCCUCUUCGAAAUAUGAAUGUACUUUAUCCACAUAAUGCUGCAGAGAGAGAGUAGAAGAGUUUAAAUUCCGGCCGUUGUGGAGACCUGGUUGUUAAUGUGUUAAAUGUCAAAUAUCCACCCAAGAAAGAACACUAUCUAAAUAGGAAGACGGAAUAGUUUUGUAUCCAGACAGACAGUAAAACUCACCAGUACAGAGUUAUAGAAUAGUGGAUCCCUGACCUCUAGGUCAACCAGUGGUUUCUAUCUGCAGUCUGUAUACCUCUAAAACUUCCCAAAGUAUACCUACACUGUAUUAAACAUCCAUUGAUAGAGGUACAGAAGACUGUAUGGGCACAGAGGAGUUGGGGUUUGAAUACUGAUGAACCUAUCUGAUUCACUCACUCAAACUCCAUUCCUACACUCCAUGUACUGGUAGGUUCAUUCUUGCAGACGAUAUGUAGACCUAUGUGUUGGAUUCUUGCAGACGAUAUGUAGGCCUAUGUGUUGGAUUCUUGCAGACGAUAUGUAGACCUAUGUGUUGGAUUCUUGCAGACGAUAUGUAGACCUAUGUGUUGGAUUCUUGCAGACGAUAUGUAGGCCUAUGUGUUGGAUUCUUGCAGACGAUAUGUAGGCCUAUGUGUUGGAUUCUUGCAGACGAUAUGUAGGCCUAUGUGUUGGAUUCUUGCAGAUGAUAUGUAGGCCUAUGUGUUGGAUUCUUGCAGAUGAUAUGUAGGCCUAUGCGUUGGAUUCUUGCAGACGAUAUGUAGGCCUAUGUGUUGGAUUCUUGCAGACGAUAUGUAGGCCUAUGUGUUGGAUUCUUGCAGAUGAUAUGUAGGCCUAUGUGUUGGAUUCUUGCAGAUGAUAUGUAGGCCUAUGUGUUGGAUUCUUGCAGAUGAUAUGUAGGCCUAUGUGUUGGAUUCUUGCAGACGAUAUGUAGACCUAUGUGUUGGAUUCUUGCAGACGAUAUGUAGGCCUAUGUGUUGGAUUCUUGCAGACGAUAUGUAGGCCUAUGUGUUGGAUUCUUGCAGACGAUAUGUAGGCCUAUGUGUUGGAUUCUUGCAGACGAUAUGUAGGCCUAUGUGUUGGAUUCUUGCAGACGACAUGUAGGCCUAUGUGUUGGAUUCUUGCAGACGAUAUGUAGGCCUAUGUGUUGGAUUCUUGCAGACGAUAUGUAGGCCUAUGUGUUGGAUUCUUGCAGAUGAUAUGUAGGCCUAUGUGUUGGAUUCUUGCAGAUGAUAUGUAGGCCUAUGUGUUGGAUUCUUGCAGAUGAUAUGUAGGCUUAUGUGUUGGAUUCUUGCAGAUGAUAUGUAGGCCUAUGUGUUGGAUUCUUGCAGACGAUAUGUAGACCUAUGUGUUGGAUUCUUGCAGACGAUAUGUAGGCCUAUGUGUUGGAUGUCUUUGAUAACUCUCUAAAGGCUUUUUAAAGUUGAGUGGGUGUUAUGCAUGAAUCACAAUGGAAUGCUUUAGUUUUAUUUUUUACCCCAAAGAACAUUGAUCCCAUGAACUUCCACAUGAUGCAGAUUUCUUUCUUUGAGAUGUGCAUAUUUCUGUGUGUUUGGUUGAUGCAAAAGAUUUCUCUCUUUCAGCUUGUUUCAUCUGUGGGAUUGUAAGAAGUUUCUAUUAACUGUGUUUCAGAGAUGCACCUCUUGUCGAAAACAAAAUACACUAGUCAGUUUUUCAUUGAUUCAAGCUAUUGAUCAACUCAUAUUUUCAUAUCCAUGUCAUAUUUUUAUAUUCAUAAGGGGUUAUUUUUGAAACAAUUGUAUAUUUGAUCUAAUCAAAAACAUGAAUUAAUCUUUUGGACUGAGCUUUCCUCAUAUUUUAUGCCUAAAUCAAGAAUAGUUAUAUGGUUUGAUUGUGUAAAUAAUGUCGUUUUUGUAAGGACUGCUCAAGUAACAUCAACAAAUGAUCAAUAAUAAACAGCUUCUCUACAGCCAAA